AUGCCAGCAUGGCCGUACCAACAGUCUACCAAAAUUCCAGAUGUCGCCGUCACGCCCGAUGACGCCGACAUGGAGCUCCUGCUGCGCGGGAGCGAAAGACAAAUACAGAGGGGGCUUACAAUUAAGUGGUACCUCCAGAGGCGGACCGGGACUGAGGAAACCAUCUUCCGAAGACACCAAAGUGGGCCUCAGGUGCUCAGCCUCACUCGAGGCCAGCUGUGGCGGGGGUCUUUGGACGCGAUGCAUAGCCUGAACGAGGUCGUCAACCUCGAUCUCGACCUCCUUAGGGUUCAAGCCUCAAAGGCUCUUGCUAAGAUGGGCCUUGCGCCCGCAACGUGA